UCUGCCAUUUUCCUGCGCCAUUUCGUUUUCUUGUACACGAUGUCUGCCAAGCGAGUUUAUUCUGCAUCUAAUGUAAGUAUAUUUAUUGCUUCUAUUUAGUUUUAGAUUACUAUUUUUAAACACGAAUUUUUUUAAUGUGUUAUUUAUUCUAUUUUUUUAAUUGUUAGGUAUUUUGAGGAUCCCGAUUGUCCUUUCCACGAUUCGGAUGACGAUUUAAUUGAUGAAGUUGAUCAAAUAUUCAUGGAAAAUCCCCUGGUUCUGCCCUUGUAUUAUCAAGUGGGUUCCGGAUUUGAGACUUCUUCAGCAUCAGCUCGUGGCCCUAUGUAUAUGGCUGGUUCCGAUGAACGAUCGGGGUAUCGAUGAGGCGAUAGUGCUUACUCAAAAGUCUCGUCGACGGAACCAUAAAUAUCAAGCCGAGGAAAUAAAUUUCCGAGCCAGUGUGGACAUUGAACGGUUGCCUCUGAAUGUGCAAGGCAUUCCGAUGGUCCGAAUUCUAGAUACCGUCCGGGAGUUGUUCGAGCAGUUGAUUCGCCGGACAACAGCUAAUCUGGGUCCCUCGGACCUCAUCCGGUUUUGCAUUCAAGCUGAAGGGUUGGAUAAGCCGAUUAGCACGUCCCUGAUGGCAGUUUCGACUUUAACAGUUGAAAAGAUUCUGACUGCCGUGAUGAAAGUGCUACAAUCCAAAGACAAAAUCGAGCUAGACACAGGAUUCUCGGUGGAUGUGAUCACCAUAAAACGCCCUGUGGGUGCCGGUGGAAACAGAAAAGUGAUCAACAUUUCCAUGGACAGACUGAGAAAACAGUCUAUUUUGCCUAUUCCCUAUGACGACGAAGGAUUGUGUUGCGCUAAAGCAAUUGUGUAUGCGUUGGCACAUCUGAAUGAUUACAAAGCUGCUAUUAAGGCCAUGAAAGAUCGUCGUCGACCAGCCCUUGUGAAACAUGCCAAGGAACUUCAUAUGGCUGCGAAUGUUCCUUUAGGCCCCUGCACGUUUGCGGAGAUAGCCAUAUUUGAAGAUCACCUGGACGUCCAAAUUGCCGUCAUUUCUUCGGAAAACUUGAACCGAGUGGUCUAUAAAGGAAGAGAGAGGUCUCAGCGGAUCAACUUAUGGCUUCACGAUGGACAUUAUGAUGUCAUUAAGUCAUUAUGUCAAAGGGUUUUUGCUAGCAACCAUUAUUGCACAGCAUGUGAAAAGCAUACGAUCACCCGGAACGCCAUCGAUGUGGCAAUGCAUGCCCUAUAUGCCUAAGGACUGAUUGCUUUUCAGGCCAGCCUCAGCGAUGCCAGGAUUGUGACCGCUCUGCCGCUCCGAUGCCUGUAAUGCAGCACACAAAGCCCUCACUGGAAAACAAGAAUUUUCACUUUGCGACAGGGUAUACCAGUGCAGGGAAUGCUGCCAAGUGAUCCGGAGGCGGGAUUGCCCUAAAGAGUUGCAUAAGUGCGGAACCACCAAGUGUCCGUCUUGCGGCCAGUUUGUCGUGGCUGCUGAGCACCGUUGUUAUUUGCGACGUGUUGCUCCGAAGAAGUCCGAUGACAAGCUCAUCUUCUUUGACUUCGAAACGGAUCAGUCUUCGGGGGAACACCUCGUAAAUUUCGCGGUGGCUCAGUAUGCCGACGGCACAGAAAAAGUGUUUCCGGGCUACACGGCAUGUCAAAACUUUUGCGCCUGGCUGUUCUCCACAGAUCACAAGGGCUUCACUGCCGUGGCUCAUAACAUGAAAGGGUUCGACGGACAGUUCGUGAUGGCCUGGCUCCUGGAGCAAGGCACAGCGCCGGAGGUGAUCCCUAACGGGUCUAUGAUCAUGUGUUUAAGACACCCUAGUCUGAACAUUCGGGUCAUAGACUCGUUAAAUUUUCUACCGAUGGCGUUGGCCAAACUGCCGGGAUGCUUCGGCCUCAGCGAGUUGAAGAAAGGAUACUUCCCGCAUCUCUUUCAACUCCCGAGAAAACCAGAGUUAUGUCGGAACGCUACCGGAGCCCCACUAUUACAGCCCGGACACCAUGAGUACUCCAGCGCGAAAAGCAUUUCUAUCCUGGCACGAAGAACACAAGGGGGAUGUAUUUAACUUCCAAGCAGAGAUGCUGGCCUAUUGCAGAUCGGACGUGGAUAUUCUUCGUCGUUGCUGCCUGGAAUUUCGAGCCCAGUUUUUGGAUGUGGCGGGUGUGGAUCCAUUCCAAUACGUGACCAUUGCGUCAGCCUGUAUGGCAACGUAUCGGAGUGGCCACAUUCAGCCCGACACGAUUGCCAUGGUGCCCACACACGGCUACGUCAACUCAACGAAUUACAGCCCUGAUUCGAUCCGGUGGUUGGACUUUGUUGCUGCUUCGGAAAGCAUUGCCAUUCAACAUGCGUUGAACGGUUCCGGAGAGCACAGAAUCGCCGGAAUCUCGGUAGACGGUUUCUGCCAAGCAACACAAACCGUCUAUCA